AAGACCGAGCAGAGCAACACAAAAGCAGCCUCAGAUUUUGCCGGAGCUGCAAGCGUUAAGGGUAGGCGGGGAGUGACGCGGUUUGCGUCUGAAGCGGCUCCUUGGAGUCCACAGCACCCAGCGCCGGAGCCUCGCCUUCCUUUCUCCCUCUGCAGACACAAAAAGAGAGGCAACCCCUGGACCACUGAGAGGGACCCAUCUGCACCAUGACUGAGACCACAAAGACCCACGUUAUCUUGCUGGCCUGCGGCAGCUUCAAUCCCAUCACCAAAGGGCACAUUCAGAUGUUCGAAAGAGCCAGAGAUUAUCUGCACAAGACUGGGAGAUUCAUUGUGAUUGGUGGGAUUGUCUCCCCUGUACACGACUCCUAUGGAAAACAGGGUCUUGUGUCCAGUCGGCACCGUCUCAUUAUGUGUCAGCUGGCCGUGCAGAAUUCCGACUGGAUCAGGGUGGACCCAUGGGAGUGCUACCAGGACACCUGGCAGACAACCUGCAGUGUGUUGGAACACCAUCGGGACCUCAUGAAGAGGGUGACUGGCUGCAUCCUCUCUAAUGUCAACACGCCUUCCAUGACACCCGUGAUUGGACAGCCACAGAACGAGACUCCCCAGCCCGUUUACCAGAACAACAACGUGCCCAGCAAGCCCACUGCAGCCAAGAUUUUGGGAAAGGUGGGAGAAAGCCUCAGCCGGAUCUGCUGUGUCCGCCCACCAGUGGAGCGCUUCACCUUUGUAGAUGAGAAUGCCAAUCUGGGCUCAGUGAUGCGGUACGAGGAGAUUGAACUGCGCAUUUUGUUGCUGUGUGGCAGUGACCUGCUGGAGUCCUUCUGCAUCCCAGGGCUCUGGAACGAGGCAGACAUGGAGGUGAUCGUUGGGGACUUUGGGAUUGUGGUGGUUCCCAGGGAUGCAGCUGACACAGACCGAAUUAUGAAUCACUCCUCAAUACUCCGCAAAUAUAAAAACAACAUCAUGGUGGUGAAGGAUGACGUCAACCAUCCCAUGUCUGUUGUCAGUUCAACCAAGAGCAGGCUGGCCCUGCAGCAUGGGGAUGGACAUGUCGUGGAUUACCUGUCCCAGCCGGUCAUUGACUACAUCCUCAAGAGCCAGUUGUACAUCAAUGCCUCUGGCUAGCAGUCACACAGCUCUCUGCUCCACUCUCCCUAGUCCUCUGCCAACACACUGGCCCCUCCGGUCUCUGUCAGUCUCCCAGGUUUUCUCCUGCCUCUGUUUCUCCAGCUCUUCAUUUUGACUCUUCUCCUCACUGGCUGACUUGACCCCCACAGUGUGGGGGACCUGCAACAAACCAUGGCAUUCCCUACUCCACAGUCAUCUUUGGACAAACUUUCCUCUGGUCUCUGGGUUGGGGCGGGUGAGGGAAUAGGGGUGGGAGAUGGGGCAAGUACAGUCCUUGGAGAUGUACUGGUGUCUGUCUCCCAGCAUGCUCU